AUGACUCUCAAAGACAGCAGCUUUGGUACAGCUGACACGAAGACGUCGCUUCUGCCGUUGUUUUUCCCGAUGCCCUUUGUGGCACCUUUUUUUGAAAGUGUCUCACUGUCCUGUUUCCGUGGCGAUGGUAUUGUACUGGCGAAGGCCAAUGAGAUGGCUGUGCAAGUGAAAAUGCUCAAAAAAGCAGAGGGAGAUGGAGGAGACGAGGGUAACAAUGAAAGAUUUAUGACAGGCAUUGAGAGCAGGCGGAGGUUUUAUCAGGCUAUUAUCAACCAAAUCGCCCCCACUGAGAUGUAG